CCACUUAAAAAGAAAAAAAACCAAUUUGCACCGAGACACACGUUUUUACACUUGCUGCUGCAAACUAUUCACAGCAACAGAAAACUGCGCAUAGACGAAAUAAUUGAAAAAAGCAAACUGAAAACACCUAGCAAAAAUCUUCAAUCCUAUUCUUUCUGUUUGUCAUUUGAAUUUCAGGAUACCUUGAAUUCUAACCAAUGUUGGGUAGGCGGUACAAUACUGUAACCUUAUUCAAAUCAAUUGUACAGAGAUAUGCAAGGAUUCAAAUUGCCCUUGAUAGAGUCCCAUUUUCGUCUGCAGCAUUGGCAGACGUGGAAGAAGAUCACUUUAAUCUUGAAGUGAAAGAUGAAUACCCAAAACCAGACCCGAAAUUUGCAGAGAUCAUAAGGGCUCUUCCCAGGGCCAAAACAAAGAGACAUGCAGCCGUACAGCUCAGGAAAGCAGGAAGGAUUCCCAGUAUUAUUUUUGAAUGUGAGAAUGGGCAGCAAGGUGGGAACAAGAGGCUUAUUUCUGUGGAAACUAAGCAGAUUAGGAAUCUGUUAAGGAAAAUGGGCGAGAGUUUUUUUCGGUCAAGAAUAUAUGAUAUUGAGGUUCGUUCUGCUUCUGAUUCUGAAGUUAUUGUGGAGAAGGGCAGAGUCUUGCCUCGCUUGAGAUUCAAAUGUCAAAAGAAGGGGGACGUGCUGGGAUACAACGUAAAUCGCAAAAAUCUUACAGUAGCAUUAACGAUAAGGAAAAAAAACUCGUGCUCGGCUUCUUUAUAUAUCCAGUGCCAGUGCAAUGUUCUUUGUUUGAAUAUAUGGUUGACAUUAAUAGAGCAACUGAUGAGAUUGUUAAUGUCACAUUCAUUAGAGCCCCGUCAGAUGCUAUGCUCAAGGUUGAUAUACCUCUUCUGUAUAGAGGAGAGGAUGCGUGCACAGGAAUUAGAAAAGGUGGGUAUCUUAACACAAUAAAGAGAACUGUGAAGUACCUUUGUCCCACUGAUCUUGUUCCACCAUACAUCGAUGUGGACUUGAGUGAGCUGGAUGUUGGCCAAAAGAUACUAAUGCGUGAUCUUAAAGUCCAUCCAUUUUUAAAGCUAAUACAACAAGAUGAGAAUGCACCUGUAUGCAAAAUAAUGGGAUCAAGGUAUAAGGCUCAAAGAUAAUGAUCGUAAGCUGGUUUGUUUGCACUCUGCUGAAGCUAUCACUAGAGAUAGAUGUGUAGAUGAUUUUACCCCCCUACCAAGCAAAAUAUCAUUGGGCAGUGGCAAUUUUAUUUCUAUCCAUCGAUAAAGUGUUCGUUGGAGGAAUUCUAUUUCCCCCUAAACUAACUCAUUUAAAAUGAAGCAUGACUUAAUGAGCAUCCAUAAAAUAACGACCAAUGGUCCCUAUCUAGAGUUGCAUACAUUUCAAAAUUGGCACACAGGUUACAGUUUUUUUGUCACAUUCAAAUCAGGCUGGAUAUAAUUUAUUUGAAUUUGUAUUCAGAAGUUACUUUUGUAAGGCCAAAAUAUUUGAAUUUGCAUUCAUAAGAUACUUUUGUAAGGCCAAAAUAUUAUUUUCCAGUUUUUUGAGCAUGUAAUUUUAUGGGUUAUGAGAAAGAUUUCUUGGAUGCGUAAGCUGCGAAUGCAAGAAAACCAUCUUUACCAUGUUGAAAUGGCACUGCAAUUGAAGUAAAGAAUUCUAUUUCAACA